AUGGGGCAGAGUGGGGAGGAAGCCAUCUCGGUGACUCCAGUGACUCAGGGUGUUGGUAGGCCUUUUAAGAGGCAAAGGGGUUUAAACUCGCAGCAGGGAGGUCGGGCUAGAACUACCCUUCCAGUGUCGGAUUUGGGUUCGGGAGAAAGUAAACAGAGGGGCGUCAUUUGUUUCAGAUGUGGUCUGCUGGGCCACAAGGUUUCGGUUUGCCCACAGAGGAAGGGGGCUAGUUUGGCAGUUCGACCAGUAGUAGCACCACCAGAAUCUUCUGGUCAGACAAAUUUUGGGCCGACCGAACGCACUGUGGGGAGGCAGUUGUUGGGAUCCCCACCAGCUCAGACUUUGCACCAGUCGCUUAUCCGAGAUCCACUUGCUUGCUGGGUUUGUAAGCAGCAGGGUCAUUUUAAACGUUCCUGUACCCAGCCGGGGACUUCUUUGGGAGUUUUGCAACCGAGUCGGGUCCAGCCUUAUCCAACUGGACAGGACCAAUAUUGUCUUGGGGAGCAGUCAGGCCAGAUCUCGAGGGCCUCAGGAGAGUCGAGUUCACAAGUCCCACUUGGGGAAGUCCGCAGUUGUUCCAGGUGUGGCCAAUUGGGGCACAUUAGUAGUUCUUGUCCGUAG